AUGUCCAUCGCGCAGACGUACUAUCUGGCCCACACAGCCCGGGCCAAGCUUUCUCGCGAGGCUGCCCAACCCGAUCACGACCUCCGCCUGCUCGUCGGUCACGCCAACCUGCUCGAUUCUCUCAUGCUUGAGCUCGCCGACGCCGAGCGUGAGCAGGAGCGGCGGUUCAACCAGUCUGUCCGCGGUGUCGGCAAACUCGCCGAGCGACGUGUUCAGUGGGCGGACAAGGUCGUCGCCGAGCAGCCAGAGGAGGAGUACGACGACUCGGAUUCAUCCGACUCGGACUCUGACGAUGACGCCGACUUUGACGACGACGUGGACGGUGUCGAAAUGACGACCGCUCCUGCCAUGACCUCUGCCCCUCGACCUGUUGCUCGGCAGACCCUGCUGGCCGGUGAAGACGACGAGGAGGACAUGGGCGACAACCUGGAGGAGGACUACGCGCAGCUCGAACUCGUGCGAACACACUCUCACGCCAGCCCACCCCCUGAACUGGUCCAUCACGACGAUUCGGAAUCGUCAGACGACGAAGCCACGCCACCUUCGCCGGCUGACGUCUCGCUCGAGUACGACGACAAGGACGCCAGGCAACAGGGCGAGGAUGCCGAAGCCUUUGAAGACGGGUUCUACAUUUCGAGACAAACACCCGCAGGCCUGAUAUCCGCCAUUUCGGUCUAUUAG